CAGUUGAGGACCGAGUCACUCACUGGUUUUUGUCUAAAUUCGACCUGGGGACGAAGGAUCGACAACACUUGGAUCCAGAGCUCAUACCGAUUCACACAUGAUUACAUAGAGGGAAUGUGAAUGUUCAAAACAUUUGAAUCCAAGUGCAACAACGCACCAAGUGUAUCUAUCCUUCAGCAUCUGAACUCCCAUUCAAUAACAGACCCUGGAAACAUCAGAGUGCUUCAAGUCACAGCAAUCUCAUCCACAAACUUACGAUAUGACUGCCGAUUUCAAGGCCCUCGACAUUGGCUACGAAGUCCAGAGGAGCUUCGCUAAUAAAUUCUUCAGUAACAAGAAUGUGGCCAAGGGGCUUAUUGAUGACACGAGCGCCGCACUCCUAGAUGAGCUCUACAGAUUGGUCAAGAUCUACACCCAAAGCAAGAAGGAGGCAGAGAAAAUCGUCAAGAACAUCAUCAAAAUCUCGGUCAAGAUUGGCAUGCUGGAGCGCUCAGACAAGUUCAGCGGCAACGAGAAGCACGCUUUGCUCAAUAUCCAACGCAAUCUCCGCACGGUGGCCAUGACCCUCAUUAGUUUCUAUCAGGUGGACCACACUUAUGAUAGGAACUUCCUCAUUCGUUAUGUGUCAGAUCUCCAAAGUGACCUGAAAACCCUGGUCAAACCUCACCUCACAGAAAAAUCUCUUGGGAGAAUUGAUCAGGUCUUGGAUUUCUUCUCCAAUGCCCAGUUCUUAGACUCGCUUUAUGUACCGCACAAGAAUCAGGAUGCGGCCAAGCAAAUGGGCGUGCUGAUGGAUCUCCUAAAUAAAUGCAUGGAGGAAGGCGUGCUUUAGAGACAAUCGUCAAACAUCGAUUAAUGCGUUCUGAUGGUGCCAAGAAAACUGAUCCAAACCUCCACGAAUUUCUUAACUGCUGAUCUGUGAUGUCUUUUGUUCGUUCUAUGUGUACGUAAAACUUUUUCGGAGGAUCUGACUCGAUCAUAAUUCCAGAAUUCUUAUUUGCAAAUAAAAUGAUGAUUCGAUUGUA